CUUACCCCGCCAGUUUCGCUAGUGUUCUCUCUCACUGAAGCCUGCAUUUGUGGCGGUGUUUGUAUAGUGUACGUAGCUCCCUUCUCUUGUUCUAUCGGUGUGCAGCGUCAAGGUCAAAGUAAAAUACAAGAUGAGACCAGCGUUAAUUCUUGCUCUGGCGGCCAUCUUGGCGGUUUCGGUUGUCGAUGCGAGGUUGAACAUCUGUUCCUCGACUGCCGAUUGCCCACCACGUUCUCAGUGCGUCCGGAAGAGGUGCUCUGACAAGUGCAGCUCUAUGAGUGACUGCCUCCCCGGCCUGGGGUGCGUCCUCGGUCGCUGUAUGGACGUGUGUGACGGCGCCUGCAGUGUGAGUGCCAAGUGUGACGUCAUCCUCAACGAGCCUGUGUGUUCUUGCCCCGAAGGCCAGGAAGGAGACCCGCAAGAACUGUGUGUCGCUCCCGCACAGAAGGACGCUGGUUGCAAAGACACCUGAACCCUAGUUCCCGGAAUCUCCCCCAGAUGGAGGCGCCAACUAUAGGAUCUCAAGACCAUAGUGGAGGAGUCCAGGUUAACAGGGAAGUUCCUUUUGUCAUUAUGGAUUCUCGCACGUUGUUAUGUGAUGUUUUAAGUUCUGAAAUUAAUAUAAUAUGAAUAUGAGCUUGUUGUUGAAUCUGAUAAAUAUGUUAAAUGUAA